UCUCUCUCUCUCUCUCUCUCCCUCUGUUCACGAGCGGAUCUCGUCGGCGUUGUGUGACGACAAAUGCUGUACAAAUGAUUUUCAUCGAAAUCGCGACAACUUCGGCCAGAUAAUUCGCCGCGGGCACUUCGCAAGCAAAAACGCCGGAACGAGUGACGUCGCCGCUUUCUCCGUCCGCCGUCUCUCUUUCUCUUCCUCCCGUCUCGCUUUGACAAAACGUCACACAGUAGAAAUGAGUUCAUCCGAGGGCAGUGAUGUAGCGUGAAACUCGACGACCGCCGGGGGGAGCCGGAUGGGAAUUCGUUGUGCUCCGAUUGUUACGUGUGUCAACACCGCCGGGAGAUAUUCGGGUCGUGAUAAGUGUAAUUGGCGAGUACAUCGAACUCGCACGACACGUUUUAACUGUUGUUGCAGGAUUAUCAUGGCUACCGCACAACUCAACAGAGCCAGGACUGUGAAGAAGCUCGAAAAACCACGGCCGCUUAAGCUCAGCCAGCGCAACUCGACCGUCGAUGGGCGGAUCACGACUGAGGAUAUUGUAUCCUUAAUCGACAAUGUUGCGAUGCAACUGACUAAUGGCUUCCAUGACCGAACGCUGCAAAUGAACGUAAUCUCUAUGUGUAGUCAUCUGAAACUCUACGCCAGCCAAUUAGAAGCUAUUUACAAAGAUCAGCUGGACAGAGCCUUUGUGGCGAUCAGGAAUGGAAGUCAGGACGAUAGAUUAGAUCUGACGACCAGGGUUCAUCUGCUGGAACUAAUAGAGCUGCGAGCGAAACAAUGGCGUCACACAGAUUCGAUGGACGUGUACUACAUGCAAAAGUUGUCGCAUCUGGACAAUACCGAGACGGUACCGGACACGCCCACGAAUCCAAUGUCGUCCCCGUUGUUGGCAAUGACCUCGCCCACCUCGGCGCCGAUCCUAGGCCCCGGUGAAGUGAUCAGGAAUAGCGGCAAGUUCGCGAAGCCCACGCGCAUACCGGGCAAGAACUAUUGCAAAGACGAAGUCGUCAUUCGCAAUAGCGACUCGGGAAAAGUGAUGGGAAUAAAAGGGCGGCGGGUUCACAUGAUAGAGGAGCUCAGCCAGACGAUCAUCUCCUUCCAGCGAGUAAACCCUGGAGCUAAAGAACGACUUGUCCAAAUCACGGGAACGUCCGAGGACAAGAUUCACUACGCGAAGGACUUAAUCAAAGAUACGAUACAACGAAAUGCAUCGCCAGUGAGACUGGAGCAGAGCGGCGGCGAGAAGGGGGCCAUGGGUGGUUCCAGUUCCUCGCUGAACAGCAGCGCGUCCGACGAGAGCAACAGGCUGCAACACAACCAGCACAAUUCUCGUCUGCGGUCAUCUCUCCUCCACAGCUUCUCCACCAACGACGCCAGUAUAGGCGAAUACAAGUACACGGUUACGGUCGGUAACCAGUCCCUCAAAAUUACGGGCUGCAAUCUCGAUCUCGUCAGGACGGCGAAACUAGUGUUGGACGAACACUUCUUGGGCGAGCCCGACAACUUCACCAGCGGUGUAGAGUACUUCAAUUACGAGGACGAGCCCAGCUUUUCCGUAACUUCCUCCACCCCCGUUACCCGUGCGCCGUUGGCGGCGGUUAACGUGAACACCUUAGGCCGAGAAUUGAGUGUGGACAGCGCCGCGACCUCGGAGAGCGAAGAAACCUACAAGCCUCGGCCGAUCUCCGAGGAGCUGUGUUCGACUCAACAAGGGGAAAAGUUACGUGGUCGAUGUCCUGCACGAAUCCAGCCUUACCGGAGUAAUUUGUCUGAUGCAGUUCCAGAAGCAAGAGAACUUACGUACGAGUUUUUGUUGCUGUGCGCCACGGGCCCCUACGCGAAGCGGCCACCCGCUGAUUGGGCGCGCAUACAAAAGGAAUGUCCCAAUAUAGUUCGUAAGGCACCGAUUCGCUGGUUCGAACCGGAAGCGUAUAAAGCCAAAUUAGCAGCCGCCGGCCCCGUCGCGAUAUUGCCGAUCGGCGAAGAGGAGACCGAUCCCGAGUGAAGAGAGAGAGAGUGCCGAGUCUUCGCCUCCUCCGAAGGGGAUCCUCCCUCGCGAACGAAUGUCCUCCCUUCUUCCCUCCCCCGCCCGAUGUCGGUUUCGUUACCGAUAUCCAUAGAAAAAAAAAGGAAAAAAAAAACAAACGCGACGCGUGUAGAACAGCGUUGAGUCGAUGUUACGACGAGAUUGCGUUUUCUUCUCGCGUGUCCUCGAGGGGAAAAAUUGUCCUUCUUUCUUUUUUUUUCGCUCGCACUAACAAUGCGGAAACGAGACGUAGAGCUGCCGUAGUGCGUUAACUGAUACUUUGUUAACAAUUUCUCUCUCUUUCUCGAAAUGGAGAAAGAAAGGAAGCGUUUAAACCCUUCGCAGGCAUUUACGGGGUAACAACUAAAUACAAAGAUUCGAUACGCGCUUUAUACGAUUGAAAUACGCUAGUCAUUAGAGUCUAUCGGUUGGAAGAUAAUUCUUGUUUUUUCUUUCUUUCUUUUUUUACGCGAUUAUAUUCUGCUUCUUUUCGUUCUCGAUCGGACACAUCGUCGUGCCGAUUCAACGAGCCAGAAUUCUGAAGUUGCGGACGGAAUCAAGAGGCUAUGUACACCUAAACGGCUCGGGAAAAACGCCCAAUGCUUGAGUUUUUCUGCUCAUAACGUGAACAUAUUUUGUAAAGAUGUCCUUUUCAGCGAUGAUUCUUCAUAUGUUUUGUUUACAUUUAUGAAGCUCUCCCUCGCUAAUCGGUACCCAAAAUAUCUCUGGAAUUAUCGGGCUGAUUUAGCUCUAGUUUUGCAUAAAUAUCCUUAAUAAGAUUAUAUCUAGUUGUAGGAUUUUUUAAUAUCUAUUAUAGUUUUUUUUUUUUAUAAAUGAAAAGAGAUUUUUUUUGGCGAAAAGAUUGAAUUUUUUAUUUUGAAUGUUAAUGACUUUAAUAAAAAAUUAAUAUUUCAAGUAUCGACUAUACGAAAAUCAUCUCUCAAAAGGACGUCUUCAUAAAAUCAAUAAUGUGCACAGCAGAAAAAUUCAAGCGGGCAUUUUUUCGAGCCGUUCAGGUAUAUAUAGAUUCUUAAGAAUGAGUCGUCGGUAUCGAUCCUUGGUUAAAGAAAGGACCCGAGUCGAAAUUUCGGCCCUAUAUUGAACUUUUAAUUCUAGAUUAGGAGCUGAAACAGCAAAAUAGGUUUCUUUUUUUAAUCCUGAUAAUACAAUUUACUCCUACAUUGACCCCGAUGAGAUGCCUCGAGUUUCUAUUUUCGCUGUUUCAGCGUCAAAAUAUGUUGUUCCGAGAUGGCGUGAAAAUUAAGUCUGUAGAGUUAAAAGUUCGAGAGGGAAAUUAAUAAGCGUCAAUAUAUCGUCAAAGUAGGUUUUCCGCUAGUCUAUAGGCCAUCAAUUGGCACGAACUGUCCUGAGGGCGUCGAAGCGGCGCCGAAAUCUCGACUCUGGAUGGAGAUCGAAUCUGUGUCAACCACACUGAAAGACAGCUAUUAAUUUUUUUUUUUCGUACGCGUAGUUACUACUAGAAUUACAUUAGCGAUGGAAAAAGAGAAAAUCUUAAGAUCGAGCGUUCGGUGGUUGCGGAACGAACCUUCCCGGCUCGUCUCUCGCAAACGUUGUCGCGUAACAAGACUGCGACGAAUUGACCGUUCAUUCAAUCGAGAGAACGCCAAGCGUUCUCGAUCUUGAAAAAAAGAUUAAUCGUGAAAGACUAAUAUAUAUAUAUAUAUACACAUAAUAUUUUAGGAGAAUAAAAACAUACACGGAUACACACACGCGCACACAGACACUUGUAUACACACAACACAGAGCCACGUACGCGGUAGAACGCAUCCGCGAGAACAGUUCCGCGUUUUUGUAAUACAAUUUGUUGUAAGUAACGGCGAUCCGCGCAAAGCGGGUACUUCGAUUCUCGCGAGCGAAUAUACGAGAAAAUAACGAGCGGAAGAGAGAAAAGAAAAAAAAAUGAUCGAACCGUGAUUUUAGAAUUAGUCUAGUCUCUCCUAUACCUGUUUCGACUGUAGGAAACUACCACUUUGGUAUUUGUUUACUCUGCUGUGACGCAAAUAUAACUAAAAACGGAAAAACCGAAAAAAAAAGAGAGAGAGAAGAAUUGCGAGAGAAUUUUCGAGAGUUUAUAUUUUAUACAUUUGCGGCUAUAGAGACGCGAAAAAAAAACGUUCGCGCGUGCCACGUGUGCGGCACACGGGAUUUCUCUCGCGCGGCGGAAUCGCCCGAUCGACGGCGCUAUAGUGCGAUCAUUUCUGCAUUCUCUUUGAGAGAGAAAUUCUUGUUUCUCCGAAACACGUGCCAAAUUAGCGCGCACGAAAAAACCGCUGGCCGAAUCGGCGGAGCGACUGAAGACCUUUUUUUUUCUUUCGAGAAGAAUACAAAUCCCCGGAAAUGAUCGCGCGACCGAUUAACUUUUUUCAGACGAUCCCGCGCAGCGUGAAACGACCCACCUACUUGUCGUUCGUGUGAUCGGAUAGCGCUAAUUAAGAAAUUACCGAGCGAGCUCGUUACGCGAACGGGGUGCGGAAUGAUGGCCGAGCGGCUUUCUGUCACGAAGAAAUCUCGUCCCUCCUCUUUCGUCUGCGGCCUUAAUUCGUUACCCUCGCGAUUUGGGAACCAAGGAGCCGUCGUGUCUUGUCAUUUUCGAAUUCGAUAUUUGGUUGGAUAUUGUUAAAACAUUUCUUUCUUCUCCAGCACUGGCUGCAUCAGUUUGAGACUACGCGUUUCUUUUUCUAUCCCAGAAUUGGUGUCAGUGACGCUGUUUUUCAUACUGCAGCGAAACUCAGUGCAAGUUCGCUAAAUUGUCUGUAUAGAUCCGGAGCCAGUAGGUCUGUUCUUUUUCGCUGAAUUAGUGUUAUACUUGUAGAACUUAAAAAGAGAGAAAUAAGACUUGGUGGAAGAAAAAGGAGAAGGGAACUAGUACAAGUUAAUGCAACCAGUUAAGAAAAUGAAGAGACCUGGUGCAAGUAGAUGCGAGGACAGUUGGAACUCUCGAAUCAGAGAAUGCAAGAAACACCGAGCAGCCUGCAUCUUUGUGUCAUUUUAAAUCAUUGUACUUCCACUCUAAUGACUUCAUGACACGUAUGAACGCGCGAAGCCAAACAUUCAGAUGACCCAAGUUAUGUUUUAUCGCUUUUGCUUCGAAAGUUUGCACUUUUGAACGUUUAUUAUAAGCAGCUAUAAUAACAAAAGUUGAACGGCAAAUACGAAAGUAGGAGCUUUCCUGGACAUCGAAGGGACUUUACAAUAUUUAUAUUUUAAUAUAUAGCAUUUCACAUUCAGAUAUACAAGUUAAAACUACCGUAGCCAGUUAGCGUUGGAAAAAAUCAACCUUGUUCAACUCUACAAGUAUAUAACGCCGUAGAUCCGUUCUUUCUAGCUAAACUGGCUGCACCAGCUUGCACUAAUUCUAUCUCCCUCUUUUAUUUUUUUACACGAAGUCACAGCUAUAUAUUUGUUUCUUUUCAUGUUCCGAAAGUGCUUAAGCGCACUAAGUUCAGCGACAAAGAACAGACCUCAUUAUUGCACUAGAAUGUUCUUUAUUCCAUGAUUGCGCGCUUAAAUUUGUCAGUUCUAACUUGCAGCAGUUCAGUUCAAUCUUAGUGCAAAAACAGGAAACAGACCUACCGUGUUGAAACACAUUGUCAAAAUAUUCUAGUCGGCCGCUUGGUUGCCCACAUACGCGAAUAAGGGCCUCGCAAGACGGCCGGCUUGUAAUUUUAAGACAACGUUCUACGUUCCAAGCCUUGUCUGAGUUGUCAUUUUCUCUCUUUUUUUUACUUUUUUCUUACUAUAUAGCAA